CUGGACGUCUGAAGAGGAUCCGAGGACUUGACCCCCUCCACAUUGUCAGGUUCCUUGAUGACUUUGACUGCAAAGGACUGCUGGCAAUCGUUCACAGAAACAUCAACCCACAUACUGUGAUGUUGAUGAAACAGGAAGACCAGCAGAACUUCACAGUGAAACUUACUAGUUUCAACUCAGCCAUCCCAGUUGGUGAAGUGAAGAGCAGCUCCGUCAAGCAGCUUGUUGGAUACAGGUGUCCUGAUGUUCUUGUGGGUCUACCCAUCUCUGAGGCAGUGGAUAUGUGGUCAGUGGGUGCUGUUCUGUCCACCUUGUUCCUCGGCAGCCCGCUGUUCCCUCAGAGGUGUCAGUAUCACCUGAUGAAGAUUUUGGUGGAGACUCUGGCUAACCCAGAGAAUGAGCUUCUGAGUGAAGGCCCCAACAACCAGCUCUACUUCAAGUCCACGGAGCACACAUGGACACUGAAGCUGGAUCCAGAUGUGGACAGUUAUGAGAUCAAACUGUUCGCAAGCCUCCUAAAGAAGAUGCUGCAUCUGAAUCCAGAGAGCCGAAUUUCACCAAGUGAGGCUCUGCAACACCCGUUUCUGUUCUACAGCAAGGAGGACAACAGCUCUCAUGACAUGGUCUCAGCUCCCUCCGAGGCUGCGGCCUCCUCUUCGGGUGACACCGUUUCACCUCCUGAUGAGGGUUCAGAGAGCUCUGCCUCAGAUGAAGCUGCUUUUUUGGCCGACGCUGCCACCUCCUCUACGGGUGACACUGUUUCAGCUCCUAGUGAGCCUUCAGAGAGCUCUACUUCAGAUGCAGCUGCUGUCGUGGCCGACGCUGCCGCCUCCUCUUCGGGUGACACCGUUUCACCUCCUGAUGAGCCUUCAGAGAGCUCUGCCAUACUGGACACAGAGACAACUUGUGCAGAAGAACAUCCAGCAGAGUCUCCAGAAGCAGAUCUUAAUGAGUCUGCGGUCUCCUCUGCUUCACCCAUCACCGUUCAGACUGACCUGAAUGACGCUGUUUCAGCUGAUCAAGGUCCAGCAGAAACUCCCACUACUGCUGAACUGAAUGGUGAAGUGGUGGCUGAAGCUCCUGACACCAGAAAGGCUCCGAGGAGGCCUCUGAAAAGAGUCAGGAGAUUUUUUGGCAGAGUCUUCAGAUCUCUGUGCAGUUGUUGCUCUGUACAAGUUACAGAGUAA